GGGUGUCUGAUGUCCUGGUCUGGGCAGGCCUUCUGAGCCUGCAAGCCAUGUUCAGGCUCACAGGGCUUUCAGCAGCUUUGUUGUGGCCGGAAGCGGCUGUCAACGCAUUGCUUCCGCUUUGUGUGGACUCGCAUUGGUCACUUCUCGUGCUUGUUCGCGCUGGGGCAGGGACUUGCCGUGCAGUGCUGUGGGAUGGAGUUCAUGGAAGAAUCACCGCUCAGGCCCAAGGGCUAGCCACUUUUAUCGCAGGCCUGCAUGGUCUGGUGAUGCAAGAUCUGAGUGAGUCGCAGCUUUGGAGCCAGGUGGAUUGCUUGAGUUGCGGCACGGUUCUCCUUGCUCAUGCAGUCGCGUUUCUCUCGGGAGAUCUUACCGCUCACCCUGUUUUCCUGGAGGAUGCCUCCAGGUUUGUGAAGGGUUUCCCAGCGCAUCAGGGCAUGAUUUUCGGGAAAGGCGGUCUGAAUGAGGCACAAGACUUCGAGUUGAAAGGCUUGCUGGUUGAACAUGGGGUUCCUGAAGCUGCUGUUGCGCAGAGGAUUCAAGAUGCCAUAAAAGUGCUUGGACCAGGCCCCAUCUCGACGGCACUGGGGACGAAGAAUAGCUGGCAAGCACUUAAGGCAAUCGCUUCCAAACCUUCAAACAUGUUUCGCUGGGUCAAAUCAGACGAAUUGGGUCAACACAUUGAGCACAAGGCUGCGCAGCGCUUUGGAGUUGCCGUUCCGAAAGCCAAAAACAAGAAGCAAGCUAAACGCGCAGGCCAGCCAACCUUAGCUCCACUGCAUAUUGACCCUCUGCAACUUCAAAUGACUCAGGGCAGUUUCAUUGCUUCAAGUGGUGAACGCUUGAGCCAGCUUGCUUUGUCGGACGUGAUCAGCCAGGCGAGCGGCGUUUGCUUCUGUUCCGUGCAUCAGGCCUCGCAUUUCUUGACGCACUACGAGACAAUAAGUACCGAGGCUCUGUGCUUAAUCACAACAGCUGAGGUUCCUGCGGAAAUAUGCGGGACAGCGCCUGUGUCAAAUCUGCGUUUUCCAGCCCUGUAUCUGCCUACACAGGAAGCCGUUCUUGUUCGUGGCUCCAUGAUCCAGCUUGGUGACGAAGUGGGGCAACUUGCACAAGAAAACAUGGAUGAUGUCGAGCAAGUUGACACUGCCGUGUGCAAAAUCCAUGUGUUCCGGGAUGAGCUUGCAAUCGCUUGGGCCACUUUUGUCGAUGCUCCCUUGCGUCAGUUGUUGCAGCUUGUUCCAGCGCUGACCAUGUGUCGAGAGCCCAAAUGCCUUGGAGACUGCGGUCGUUUCCAUGCUGCUGUCGAUGAGGCUGUGGAGCAGUUGAUCCUUGAUGUGUGGGCGCGCCAGUUCAUCAAGCUGGAUGGUGGAAGGGAAAAGCCGGACCAAGCAUCCGCCUUUGUUGCAUUCCUCCGUGAUUGUACGUCGAACCUAGAGCCCCCAACGGUUCAGGGCCGGUACGGAGUGCGUGUUCGUGAAUGCGAUGAAGAGGGGGUUUUCAGGGCUUUGCGCCCAAACCAGGAGUACAUUAAAGUGAGAGUGACCAGCAAAUUCCGCGUUCACCCGCUGCCACAUGGAAUGCAGCGUCAAAGUUUGGUUCAGUUGUUGCGCAAAUGGCAGUGGACUGCCAAACCUUUGCAGCCUUGCAAGGGAGAUGCUGCUGGUGGUGCUUGGGAGGUUGGCUCCAGCAGCGAUCCUCCAGCCUUGGCACUGCCGUUGGGAGACCAACACGUACUCAUCACUAAAUUGCGCGGUCCUGCCAUUUCCGAUGCAGCACCUCCCACUGUCUAUGCCUCGCAGCGGACCAAAAAACACAUCCUUUACGAUGAUGGUUUCACCCCGGAGACUGCAAGAGAUCCUUGGUCAGAUGGCAAUGACCCUUGGUCACGAGCCAAGUUCAAAGGCCCCCCAGGUCUCCCACCACCGUCGAUACCACCUGUAGCACCUGCGCCCACCAAGUUGGCCAAGCUGGAGACUGACAUGAAAGACAAUCUCGAGCAGUAUGUUCGUGAGCAGGUUGCUGCUCGAAGCUCCUUGACUCCUUCUGAUGCGCAGGAGGCUCGUUUAACGCAACUUGAGUCCACCAUGCAAGAGCUCAAAGCUCAAAACGACAAGUUUGAGGGAUGGUUCCAAACUUUCGGCACCAAGGUGCAGCAGCAGGCUGAUCAAGUCUCGGAGGUACAACAGGCUGUCCACACGCAAGGUGCCGAGCUUCAGCAGGUUCGUCAGGAGAUGGGGACACAGUCCACAGUCAUACAGGCCAGUGUCCAGCAGGCAGUCACUUCAAUGCAGACUGAGCUUACUGCGCAACUAUCGGCUCAGCUUGCAGGGCAGCUUGAGCAGAUCCAGGGGCUUCGAACCAUAUCUUUGCCCCAAUCCAUCUUUCGGUGCAUCUUUGUCUGGCUUUUGUGCCUUGCGCCGGUCUUAGCUGGCGCCCAAUCCUCGGCUUUACACCAUUAUGGUGCAUUGGAUGCAGAUGGGGACUGCGUCCAAGAUCCACCAUGGUCUUUGCGCCCUCCAGUUGGCGCUCCUCAGUUCUGGCCUUCCUUGACUCGCUUUCCUCAGGGCCACCCAGAUGGAGUUCCCUUCGUUUCGACUGCCCGGCUUUGUGGUUUUAGCCCGGUAGUUCUUCGUGUUGGCGAGGCAUCCCAUCCGGGCCCGUGUUAUUCAGAUAGUCCUUUGUCGUCGAGUUCCAAUCUCCUGAUUGGGUGUUCCAAUCCUUCAGGGCUUAGGGGGAAGGAGUCCCUGCUGUUAGACAUGGGACCAGGGAUCUGGUCACUGUCUGAGACCCAGCUGAGUGCGGUGACGCAACAGUCGUCCACCAAAAAGCUGAGGUACGAGGCUAGUGCUUUGAAUCGCAAUGUGCGCAUCCACUGCGGUGCCCCAGCGGCGCUGCGGUGUACGUCCACCUGGGCAGGGGCAUACACGGGUGUUAUGCAGUUGGGGGAUUGUCCGUCAACGACCGUGUCGAUCCAAUGGCCGGCUGGGGUUUACGAGACAGGAAGGGUGCAAAUCGUGCAGCACCUUUUAGGUCACAUACCGGUGAUCGUGGGCAACAUUUAUGGUUAUCCACAGAGCCCGCUGUGGCCAGACGCACGCCAAAGGCUUUUCAGUCCCGAUGCGGAGUGUGCUCCAAUGGUCCUGGCCACAGCCCUGUCUCAUUCCUUGGUCGGAGGUGGACACGUCCUCUUGGGCGUCUUUGCCGUGCACAUGGGGUCCCUGGAGCGCGGCUCCCAAGCCAUUGCUACGGUCGUUCAAGGCGCCUGCUACCGCAGCGACGAGCUGACCCGGUCAUCCCUCUUCGGCGGAGUAGGUGUUCCUUCGGCGUCCGUGGCGAGUAGCCUUUUCCUGGACUUCAGAGAAAACUACCGCAAGUUCGAAUGCUGGCAUUUGAAGCAGCGAUGCAAGGUUAUAAAGGUCGACACGUUGAUCAUUCAUCGGUCGUAUGCCAUUUUGGCAUCAGUCCAAUCCUUGGAAGGUGACGUCUGUGUUGUCGAGGAAUCUUUUCCUUUCAGUCAUGCUGUGGAGAUUGAGCAGCAUCAGACGCUUAGUUCAGUUAGACCCGACGGGUGGUCCAAAGACGACCUCGAGAACAUGCCGGAUGCAUGGGCUCAAUCCCUCUUGGAUUUACUUCAUGGAAUCGAGCAAGGUAAAGGGGAUGCCAAUGGAUACAGGCAAGCCAUUGCACAGUUGUCGGGUGUCGUUCAUGAUGAGUGUUUUGGCUUUGUGAGUGGGAAGAGUUCUUCCAUGCUUUGGUGGACUCUUCAAGUUCAAAUCGAGCUUAGCUGUCAAGGCCAUCAAGACGCAUUCGGAAUGGUCGGAGACAUUGUCAAGGCAUUCAAUGCACUACCUCGUCGUCCUUUAUUGGCCGCCGCGGCCACCUUGGGGUUCCCAAGCCAUGUUUUGGGUCCGUGGGCAGCCUUCUUGACAGGAGUACAGCGCCGCUUCAUCGUCAGGGAUUGUGUGAGUCAACCGUUACUGUCCACUUCAGGCUUUUGCGAUGGCUGUCCGCUUUCGCCUGUAGCGAUGCUUCUGGCAGAUUUGAUCUUCCACUCGUACCUGAAGGUAUUUGCACCAUCCAUCAGGUCCCUCAGCUAUGUGGACAACUUGGCAGUGAUCGGCAACGAUUGCGGGCAAUUGGCCAAGGGAGUGAAUCUGAGUCGCUGUGUAUGUGACUUGCUUGGCUUGGAGCUGGAUGAAUCGAAAACUUACGUGUGGGCUGCUCAGCCCGGCUCAGCCGCAUCUUUGCGGGUACUUUCCUUGCCUGUAUGCGAACACGCUCGUGAGCUAGGAUGUCUGACUUCGCUGAGGGCCGCUGCGGUCAAGGCUUUAGGAUUGAAGUCGGCCGGUUCAAGUUCAAUGCUUCGUUUGUCGCUUUGCCCUCGCAUGGAGACUGACCCAGGCUUUUGGAUCUUUUGGGCUUUGUUGAAAGACAUGCGGCUGCACUGCCAACGAAUGCCGACUCUUCUGCUCCAGUGGAGGUUGUUCAUGGCCAACUUCAGUGGGGAUUUGUUUCAGGGCCCUUUUUCACAGGUCUUGCGGUUGUUCUCUGAGGUGCAUUGGCGCGUGCUUGUGCCCCCUGCCUUUGAGGACCAUGAAGGGCUCAGGCAUGAUCUGCUGCAGAUCCCCAUGGCCAUGCUCAGGGAU